AUGAUCCUGCUGCUCAGUUUGUUUUGCUCUCUGUGGGUAGAACCGGUUCUGAAUCUGGAAGAAGAUGAAGGUUUUACUUUUGAUGGAGACCUCCAGAAAUUCGCUGUGAGCAACAACAACGUUUACGUCGCUACAGAACAGAAGCUUUACCAGCUGAGCCACGACCUGAAACUGAUCUGCAGUUUGAACCAAAGGGGGGUCUUGAAGGACGCGGACCCAUCAGAUGAGAACAAGUUUCACCGGGUCUCUGAGUCGGCUCCGUGGACCACAACUCUCAGAGUUACCUUGUUGUUACCAUUUGUUGAGAAUAAGACUCUGGUCAGCUGCGGAGUGAUCGACAAGGAGUGUGGUUACUGUGAAAUUCUGGACCUGAAGAACAUCUCUAACCUUCUGCACAGUGAAAACAUCCUGGUGGGACCAAAGAGGCGCAGCAACGCUUCUGUCGGUUUUCUGGUGGAUGUGAAGAAAGAUUCAACUCAGACAGACACUUAUAUUCUGACAGCGAUACAACAACACAGAGAAGAAUCAAGUAUCCAGUGCAGCUCAGAUUCAAAGACAAUCAACCUUUACUCUGUCGAUAACACACAGAGUGGAGGCUUAUUUUCUGUAACCGAUGACCGCAGCACAACUGUAAUCAGAAGUGAAGGUGAUGUGGAAUUUGUGGACGGAUUUCAGAUCAAUUCAACGGUGUAUCUGCUCUCCAACGUGCGCCCAAGCGAUGAAAAUCUCAUGUCUCAAACCAAAGUCCGUCUUAUUUGGCUUGAGAGUGAAAAAAGUAAAACCCAGACUCUCAAGUCUCUGCAAGGUGCGACCCUCAAUAUCUCUGAAGGAGGUGGAAGCUGCAGACUCUUGGCCUCCUCCAUCAUCCCGGGUGGACAGCAGGUGCUUUGGAGCGGCGUGUUCAGUGUGGACGGAGAAGAAAGCAACACAGAGCUGGUGGUGUUUGACAUCAGCCCUGAUCGCAGCAGUGCGCAGCAGAGCGGUGCGUCUUAUAUAGAUCCAAACUUCUACGUAAACAAACCUGGAACCACGUCAGAACCAAAGAUCCUGAAACCAAAUGCGGUGCUCUUCAAGCAGAACCACAUGACAUCUGUGCUGGCAGUGAGACAGAGGAGCUGGAUGGUCUUCUUCAUUGGAACAGGAGACGGGCAGCUCAUCAAGCUUGUUGUGGACAGAAACUAUCGCCCUGCCUGUCCCAGGGUGCUCUACAGAGCCAACAACGAUCGCCAAGUGUUUCCUAACAUACUUCUGGACCCAGUGGAUUAUAAAUAUGUGUAUGUGCCAUUUAGAAACCAGAUCAGGCAUCAACCUGUGGCAAACUGUGGCUCAUACAGAGAUGUGCAGGAGUGUUGGUCUGCACAGGAUCCAUACUGUGUCUGGUGUGGCUCUAAGAAAAGCUGCACGUUUGAAAGUGACUGCAAAGAUUCAGACUGGUUGUCCAUCCCUGAUGAAUUACACCAGAAAAUUGUUUCCCACAAAGUUGAAAUGGACCCCACUGGACAGAUCAAACUUGACGUCCAGACACACCUGGCUGGGAGCCCAGAUGCACUGUCAAACUUUGCCUGUCAGUUCUCUUCACCCUCCAGGACUCUAGACCAGAUAUCCUCUCCUCCAAAGUUCCCACAAUGCACAAACAUCCUUUCUAAUGAGCCUCUUCCUGCAGACGGUCUGGCUGUCACAGUAAAGAUAAGACUUGGAACGACGACACUGACAGAAAAACUGAAUGUAAUCAACUGCUCUGAUAUUCGUGGACCACCGAGUCCUGUUAUGUGUCAGAAGUGUAUCAAGGCUGGAUGUGGAUGGAGCAACAAUGCCUGCUCCUGGGCCAACGAAGGCGUUCAGAAUGACAGUUUUUGCCAAAAGAUGGAGGCUGGGAUGAACUUUUCUAGGCCAGAAAUCUCCUCCAUCGAACCCAGUGCUGUGUCUUUCUACGGCAGAAACCAUGCUUUGCUGUCAGGUCAUAACCUCCAUAGUGUGACUGGCGUGAGGAUCCAGGCGGACAUGGACUGCUCUCCACGGGAAUCUCCUGUUUGGAACAACACUGGUGUGACUCUGACGUUCCACAUUCCCAGUACAGAUAUUAAAGGCUUGGUCAAAGUGUGUCUUCUUCUCCCAGAUGGUAGCUGCCACAGUAAUGCUAUAAUCACCUACAAGUCUUCACCAGUCUGCAGCAGCGUUACACCGAGCAGCUCAUGGAGGAGUGGGAAGAGGAAGAUGACACUCAGUGGGGCCCACCUGGAGUUUGUGGAGGGGGUCAUACACAGCCACAACCCUCAGAAAGUUGUUAUUCCCAGAAACAGCAGCUAUCAGUAUCUCAUCUAUGAAACACCUGCAGCUGAAAGCACUGUUUCCCACAGUACUUUGUCUGUGAAAGUAGCCAAUCAAACACUGGCCUGCUCCAGUAUUACUUACUAUCCAGACCCAGUGUUUACCAACUUCACAUCCGUGAGCACAGGGGAUCAUGUCCGUGUCACUAUACAGAAAGAGCCAGAUAAUCUGGAGAUAACAGCAGCAGAGCUCUCAGUUUGGGGUGUUCAUGAAGAAACGCACCAUCCCUGUGUCGGCAUACUCAAAGCCAGUAACAACACUUUCACUUGCGAUAUCAAACAGGGAGGCAACACCAAGUUUCAGCAGCUGCAGAUAAAAUUUGGAGAUGAGACCAUAACACACAAGAGCUCUUCACUGCUGUUACUUUUGGCAUUGCUUACAUUAGUGGUGAUACCUGUCAUCAUCAUUGUGACGGUGAUCGUCUACCAUCUACGUCUACGAAGCCAGAAACAUGAGCAGGCUUAUGGAAGACCUGGAGCUCGACAUCAGGAAUGACAUCAGACAAGGAGACCGCCGGCCAGCACUUGUUCCUCAUGGUGAGCGCAAUUCGCCAAAAGGGCCGGUGGACAGUGAGACGGAGAAAGCUCUGUACAUGCUCAACGAGGACUGGCUGCUGUGGCAGGCUUAAGACUAAACAGGACUACCCGGAUAUACACAAAACACACACUUAAGCCCAAACUAUUUCUUAGCUAACAAGCUGCAAUCUAUCUUCAAAUGACUUAAACCUAACGGUCUGGAUGAACCGUGGUUAGAUAUAGAGAGAGCAUUGUGUGAGGAUCUGGUUAUCUCUGAACUGCCAUUCAUCAGCUCAGCCAUCAAAACACACUAGUGUUUUAAAAGCAUCAACAUCAGUUCUUCUUUAAUGGCUUGGUGGGAAUUUCUUAAGAUAACCAAGUCUUCAAUUAUUCCAUGUAAGCUCACACCCAUCUGGAACAACCCUGACAUCCUGCAAAAUAAGAAGCUGAAUAAUUUCACUCAAUGGAAAAAUAAAGGAAAAAAAUAGAACAUAUAAUAGAAAAUUUAAACUUCUUGUCAUUUUAUAUUCUGACUUCACAAUAUGGAAUCAACAGCAAAAGUUUUUUUUAGAAUAUCACCAGUUUAAAUCUAUUAUAUCUAAAAAUAUGGUCCUGCCUUGUGGUCCUGCACACUUGUUCACAGGUUCUGGCUCCAGGUUUGUGAAGAUAUAUCAACGUGGCUUCAAUGUAAUAUUCCUGCAAACUCCACACUGUGUCUACUAGGUGACUUGGGUGACAUUAACAUGACAAUAAACUCUGCACACAUGAUACACACAGCAUUAUGCAUCACAAACAAAACU